GUGUUAUCAUGAAUUUGAAAGACGGUUGCUCGUUACUCUUGAAAACCCAGAAGCCUAUGUUACCUUUUAUCCUCAAUACUAGCCAAAUUCUCCAUCGUAAACCAGAAUCUGUCCGGAAUGGUACUCUGCUCAGAGAAUCUGAUGUUGUGAAGAGGUUGAAGCAAGAGAGAGACAUCGCAGUGGCCUUAGAAUACUUCAAGUCCAUCACUAACUCUAAAAUUUUCAAACACUCUCAGCUGACUUAUCAAACUAUGAUCGAGAAGCUUGGGGGAGAGAAGCUCAUGGAUUGCGUUCAGUACCUCCUACAGCAAAUGAAGUUAGAGGGUGUCAGCUGCUCGGAAGAUGUAUUCAUCAACGUGAUUGAUUCUUACAGCAGAGCUGGGACAGCUGAGCAAGCUCUGAAAACAUUCUAUCGGAUUCAAGAUUUCGGUUGCAGACCGACUGUCAAAAUCUACAAUCAUCUCUUAGAUGCGCUGCUUAACGAGAACAGGUUUCAGAUGAUCAAUCCUAUUUACAAUAACAUGAAGAAAGAUGGGAUAGAGCCUAAUGUCUUCACGUAUAACAUUCUUCUCAAGGCAUUGUGCAAGAAUAAUCGUGUUGAUGCUGCACACAAGUUGCUUGUUGAGAUGUCAAACAAGGGCUGCCCUCCUGAUGCUGUGAGCUACACUACCAUUGUAUCCACGCUCUGUAAGCUUGGGAAGGUGAGCCAAGCAAGGGAGCUUGCUACUGGAUUCACCCCAGUUGUGCCUGUUUAUAAUGCUCUCAUCAAUGGGUUUUUCCGGGAACACAAAAUUCAAGAUGCUUUUCUCUUGGUAGAUGAAAUGUUGAAUAGGGGAAUUCACCCUAAUGUCAUCACAUACACAACAAUCAUAAAUGGUCUGUGUGAUGUUGGGGAUGUUGAGCUCUCUCUUGCUGUGCUUGCCCAAAUGUUUGUUAGAGGAUUUCUUCCGAAUAUUCAUACUUUUACUUCUUUGCUGAAGGGGUUUUUCGUUCGAGGAGAAGUGUAUGAAGCCCUCCAAGUGUGGAACUGGAUUGUUAGAGAGGGAUGUCAGCCCAAUAUUGUGGCAUAUAACACACUAAUUCAUGGUUUUUGCUCUAAUGAGAAUCCCUGGAGGGCUUUGUCUGUUGUCUAUCUAAUGGAGGAAAAUGGUUGCCUUCCGAACGUGAGAACCUAUGCUACUCUUAUUGACUGCUUCUCAAAAGGUGGAGACCUGGAGGCUGCAACAGAGACCUGGAACAGGAUGAUAAACAGUGGUUGCCACCCGAAUGUUGUGGUGUACACCUGCAUGGUGGAUGUCCUUUGUAAGCAUUCCAUGUUUAACCAAGCGCAGUGCCUCAUUGAGAGAAUGUCACUGGAAAAUUGCCAGCCGAAUACAGUAACCUUUAAUGUAUUUAUCAAAGGACUCUGUCGCAAUGGAAGAGUACCUUGGGCAAUGAAGGUGUUUGAUGAAAUGGAAAGACAAGGGUGUUUUCCUAAUACCUCGACCUACAAUGACCUUCUAGAUGGUCUCUACAAAGAAGGAAAUGUCAGAGAAGCCUCUAUGCUUGUUGAGGAGAUGUCGAGAAAGGAUAUCGAGAUGAACCUAGCGACUUAUAACACUAUUAUCAAUGGACUUUGUUGUGUUGGUGUAGUGGAGGAGUUACUGCAGGUCUUGGGGAAGAUGGUGGUCAAGGGAAUCAAGCCCAACUCAGUCACAUUUAACAUAAUCAUCCAUGGUUAUUGCAAGAGAGGUCAGGUUGAGACUGCUGUUAAACUAAUGGGUAGAAUGAUUGCAGAAGGUUGCUGCCCAAACUUAGUUACAUACACUAGUGUGAUACAUGGUCUUUGUGAAUGGUUUAGUUUAGAAGAAGCCAUGGUUUUUCUUAAGAUGAUGAUGGACGAAGGCAUUUCCCCUAAUGUUGCCACAUGGAAUGUUUUGGUGAGCUGCUAUUUCAGAAAGACUGGGUCCUUGAGGUCAAUCCACUUGCUAGAAGAUGUCUUGGGUACUGGCUAGGACACGAGGACUUCUAGCAUUGUUAGCAUUCUUUGGUGAAGAUCAGUGUGAUUUUAGGAAUUGUAACCUGAGUCCUUGGAAUGACACUUGUUUGUGAGGAAGCUACUGAAUGGUAACGAUCAGUCACCUCUCACAGUUGGCCCCCAGAUAUGGCUGGGAGAAGUUGAGAUAACAGAGGGGAAACAAGAUUUCAUGGUUUGUUUGCUUGAUGCAACAUUUAUGACUUGUUGCUUGGUGUGCAAUACAGUAAGGACUCUAGUAAUUUUGGUGAGAAUUUUCAGCUACAGGUAGGGGUAAUGAAUUUUCACUUUCAUCAUUUAUGUAAUACAUUAUGAGGAUUGAGUGCUUAUGGGAAGGGUUUCAUCGGUAAUCAAGUAACUUGCCGAGUAUAUUUUAUACUUUUAGCUUAAGCUACUUAAUGGUCUCUUGAUUUUUCCUUUGAACAUUCAUCACAUGUAACUAUGGUUUCCACAGGAACAUAGAAGAUUGGAGGCUUAGGUUGAUAUAGUUUGUUGUUUGAGGCAUAUAACAUGUUGGGUACAUCAGUGGCCGUAGCCCAGCAGCACUCGCUCAUUGCAAGAAACUCUUCAGAAACUAUCAAACUGUUGUCAUAAAUGAGAGACCCACUUCUGUUGCUUUCUGCUUGGAGUUGUGGGUUUGGGAGUGAGUUAUAUUGUUUAUACAAGGCAGGGAUCUCGGUAGAUGGGGCGUACGAGGCUCCUGUCACUGCGGGGUCUGGGGAGGGUCGGUAGAUGGCUUAGGAUUAUCUAGCUUCUUUUUCUGAUGACCUUAAAUCUAAUUUCCCUUUUUCUUCUCUGCAAACAGAAGCCAAUUUAUUGUUAUUUGGCAGGUCUUGACGGGACCUGGGUGCCAAUAUAUCUUCCAAGCAGUGUAUGGAGGUAAGAAUCUUGCAAGUUCAUGGAAGGAUGGUAGAAUUAGAACAAGCAUGAAGUGUUAGAUGCUGGGGAGCUUCUGGAGAUGGAGAGUUCAAGCACAGAAGAAGAUUUGCGUUGGUACACUCACUAGUUCAAGAUGACUGAGGCUCUGGAAACAAAAGAGACAAAAGUAUAAGAAUCGAGAUGGAGAGGUAGAAAAUGAGUGGCCUUAUUAUUAGCACAUGGGAUUGUGCACAGGGCCGCAGACAACCAUUGGUUUUGAAGCCACAUGAGGCAGGGUAGUGGCAGCAGGAGUACAAACCGUUCCUUCAGACGUCGAGGUUGAGUUCAGAGACACUGAACUUCAAAGCAUUGAGGUGUGUCAUGUGUGGCUAUAAUUUGUAUGCUGACCAUAUUUCUGAGUUAAGGGGGCAACUGGUUUUGCAUUGCUGCUCUAGGAUAAGUUUUAGUGGGCAUUGCUCUUCUCUAUUGAUUUCUCAUGUAUUAAUCUUUCUUCUUGGUAUAUUAAUGUUAAAUUGUAUUAUCAUAGUUUGUGAUCCCAAUAACCCUUUAAUGUUUCCAUUGUUGGAAACUGAAACAUGAAAUAAUAUCAUGGAAAGGAGAGUGGUGGUUUGAGCCAUUCAUUUAAUCA